AUGUCGCGUUACCUCCUCGGCGCGCUGCUGCUCGAUGGCGCCGCGGCGCACACCAACAUGGUGGGCAUCAUGCCGGUCGUGGACACGGCGAACAACGAUUUUACGCUCUCCAUCGUCUUUGGCACCUACCACUCUGGCGCCGCUCCCGAGGGCGCGCUGGCGCUCUACUCCUGCCCCUCCACAUCCACCACUGCUGCCUCCUCGUGCACCACGCUCGCCUACGGCGAGGGCGGGUCCGCUGGCAGCUCGACCAACGCCCUCGGCGCUAUAGCCGACGUGGGCAACGUCGUCUGGCCCGCCAACCCCACCGCCUCCGACCUCCUCUCUGUCGGCUUCGCGGCGCCAGGCGAGGUGGCAUUUGCGCUCGGCGGGACAGUUGUGGCGUACCAACAGGCCACCAUCGGAAGCAGCAUCCCAUGCACCGCCGCUCGAUUCAGGGUGGACUACGAUCCCGCGCCCGCCUCGCCUACCGUGGCCAAGUCUGCGCUCGGCCAGGAUUACAUUCCCUGCGCCACGGGGACCAUGGUUGGGAGCUGCGGCACCUUCGACAUGACCAACACCUUCGUCGAUGUCGACUCGUCCUGCAACGUGGUCCUCGCUGGCAUUGUGGCGGCGGAGGUGGCGGCGUGGGCUAAGAAAUCUUUGGCGCUGCGCGAGGCAAACUCGCGCGAGCUUGAGGCGGCCGCCGCGGGGAGCGCCAAUGAGAAUGCCCGCGCUGAGGAGGAGGCCCGCGCUCCGGUGGUCGAGCAAGCGAGCCAAGCGCACGCACCCGAGGAAUUGCCCGCCCUUGGACCCAGUCCGGCCCGAGCGGCGGAUGCGGAGCCCGCUCCUUCCGAUGGGGCCGCGGCCGGGGGAGCGUGGCGUGAGGAGGCGGAAGAGGAGGAGGAGGCUCCGCGAGUCGCAAAGCAGGUGCCCCGCGUGACCCGUGGCCGCAAGCGGUACCGAGGCUUCCGGUACGAGGCGCGCCAGGACACGCGCCAGGCGCGGCGGCGGCAGCCAAAGGUUGUCGUGGUUGGCGCGGGCUUUGCUGGCGUCGCGGCGGCGGCGCGGCUGCAAAAGGAGUACGGCUACCAGGUGGAGCUGCUCGAGGCUCGGGGCCGUAUCGGCGGGCGCGUGCACUCCCUCCUCGACGGCGAGGGCACGACGGUCGAGCUCGGCGCGGCGGUCCUGAUGGGCACGCGCGGCCACCCGCUCGCGACUCUGUGCCGAAAGCACUCUGUCAAGAUGGAGCGGCUCGAGCCGAGCUGCCCGCUGCACGACUCGGAGACGGGGAGGCAGCUACCACCGGAGCUGGACGCCCGCGUCGAGUCGCUCUUCAACGACGCCCUCGACUCCGCCUCCGCCGCCGCCCGCGCGCCGCACGCCUCCGCGCUCUUUGCGUACGCGGGCGCGGAGCUCGAGGUCGAGUCGCGCGGGGAGUGGAGGCGCGCGUUGGUGGUGGCGCGGCGGACAGGCACGCCGAGGCGGGGGCCAAGCCACGGAGCCGCCUCCUCCUCCUCCUCCCCGCCAGGAGCCACACCCCCCACCGCCGCCCCGCCGCCGGUCGUCGACGAGGCGGCGGAGGAGGCGGAGGCGGAGGCGGAGGUGGAGGUGAGCGCGCGAGUCACUCGCGCCUCGCCCGUGCCCCCUCUAGUGCCCCCUCCGGUCCUCACCGCGGCAGCGGCCGCCGCCGCCGCCGGUGAGCCUCCGCGGCGGCGCGCGGACUCGGAGUACUCCUCCGAGACGCCUCCGACGCUCCCCUCUCCGGGAGAGCCUGCUGCCGACCUGGCCUCCGAGGCGCUUGUGCGGUACCUGCCUCCGGCGGAGAAGAGGGCGGCGCCGGGCAAGGGGCGGGCGGAGGAGGAGGUGGAGGAGUGGAUCGCGCUGCCCUCCGCGCGCCUCCGCCCACCCGCCCUCGAGACGGCUCUCGCGGGGGCGCUGCGCGCCCGCCGCGCCGCCUCGGCGGCCGACGACCUCGGAGGCGAGGAGAUGGCCGGGGCGGCGGAGAGGGCGCUGCAGUGGCACCUCGCCAACCUCGAGUUCGCGUGCGCCGCCUCACUCGGCAACGACGACGCCUUCGACUACGAGGGCGACCACGUCCUCCUGCCCGAGGGCGGCUACCAGGGCCUCCUCCACAGGCUCGCCGACGGCGUCGAGGCUCGCUGCGGCAUCACCGUCACCGGCAUCGAGAUGCGGGACAACCCGUGCCGCUCGGUCGCGCUCUGGUUUGACGCCCCCUUUUGGGGCCGACACUCCGACUUCUUCGGCCGCACUGUCGCCGACCCGCAAGACCGCGGCCUCUUCUUCCUCUUUCUCAACCUGCACCGCGUCUCUGGCCAGCCGGUCCUGCUCGGCCUCGUCGCCGGCGGCGCCGCCGAGCGCCUCGAGGAGCUCGACGACGAGCAGGCCGUCCAAGCCGCCGUCGGCGCGUUGCGAGGCAUGUUCGGCGCCUCCGUGCCCGAGCCGCGCAAGCACGUCGUCACUCGGUGGGGCGCCGACCCGCACUCGCGCGGCUCGUACUCGUACGUCGCGGCCGGCGCGCGCGGCUCGGACUACGCCGUCGCCGCCGAGCCGGUGGGCGGCCAGCUCUUCUUCGCCGGCGAGCACACGAGCGUGGAGCACCCGGCGACGGUGGUCGGCGCCUACCUGAGCGGGCUGGCGGCCGCGACGGCGGUGCACAAGAUGCUGCGCAAGAAGGCGGCCGGGCCGGCGGCCCCGCAGCAGCAAGAGGUGGAGCGGCGCGCGGCGAGCCCGCCGCCCUCCAAGCGCGCGGCCGCUCCUCGGCGCGAGCCCGCGUCGGCAGGCAAGCGGAGGCGGCGGCGGUGAGCCCCGCGAAGGGCUCGAUGCUCGUACACUGCUCGUACACGCAGCGCCA